AUAAUCGCAAAAAGAGCUGAAGGAGAGUGCGAUGGCAGGAAGGAUGGGUAUACAGUGUCUUGCCAUUUUGUUUGCUCUCUUACUAUCCACAGGAGUAGCAAAUGUGACUAUCCAACCGUUCAGUAGAACACAGCCAAUGGAUCCUUCAUCACAACCGAUAUUUUUUGCAGCUUUGAGAUGUGACAUAUUUACUAACUUCGAACUGAAUAUCACAUCAUGGGUAGAAUCACGGUGGAACAUAACUACGGGUGCAGAGGUCCAAUCACCUGGAAGCAAUGACGGUAAAUAUGACCUGACCCAGGGGGACAGUGAAGUAAGCGACUUGGAAACCGCGCUGGUUGUCCAACACCUGAUAUACAGUGAUGCUGGCGUGUACACUUGUCGAGCCAGAGACAACCGUAACCCUUCAAACCGUGGGCCAUGGGUAGAAGCACAAGUUCAUCUUCAACUUUUGGUGGAAUUGGCUUCUAUUGAAACGGAGAUCUCUACAUUUGACAAUGCAACUGGAGUGUCCCUGAGCUGUGAGAUGUCCCUGUACCUGAGACCUGAUGAAGACCUCCAGUGGUUCAGAGAUGGACAGUCCAUAACCAGCGGCUCUGGGAGACACUCUAUCACCUACACCGAUGGGAGUGGCAUGGGGCAGUUUGGAGGGGACGCAAUAGGAUUUAGUCGGAUAUCGACUCUGGUUAUUUCACAGCCUCAGACGACAGACUCUGGGACCUACACCUGUGCCAUUAGAAAUACCCAACACUCCCAGGGCAUUGAGCUGGCUGUGGAGAGCAGUGGCCCAAAUCCUUCAACUGUCCAGCCAACCAGCCGUUCAAACGACCGCACAAGUAGCUCCAGUAGUAUGACUAGCCCCAGCCCUCCCACCAGUACAAAGGCUCCCGCCAGUGGCAUACCGCUGCCCAUUAUCAUCGGGGCGAUAGCCGGCGUGUUGGGCAUCAUAGUCAUCAUCCUCAUAGUCAUCAUAAUCGUCGUGUCGUUCCGGAGGAGGGCACAUUCCCAAACGAUAUCUGGGAAUGGGGACACUUACGCUGCUCUAAACGGAGGGGCCUACCCAAUUCCCAGCAAGAUGUCUGUGUCUCCCACACCGCACAACCCUCCGAAUCGAACCAACUUUGAGCAAGAUGUAGAGAUGGGCUACGACCGUCCCCACCAUGCCAACACAAAGGACAAGGUUUCUCCGCCACCCAACACCCCAGCCCCAGACUACGAGUGUCUAGACUCAACUGGCGGCAAGUACGACCCGUACUACGACAACCCAGAGGAUAUCAAGCCGUCUAGGGCCCCAGCAAUACCCACUAACCCUCCACCCAAGAAAUCGAAGGCAGGCUCGACCUACGAUGAGGUCGAAUCCUUCCCGCUCAACUCAAAAACGAGCACUCUUGAUAUGAGGAGUGUCCCGUCCCCAGCAGUCGUACUCAGCGGGUCGCUCCAUCGCCAGAUUGAGCAGAAGAACCCAGACUUUGCUUACCCUAGUUACCAAGACGGGUUUGACCUGUCGGGAGAACCAGACUACGACCAGAUCUACAGCGAGCCCCUCGAUCCGACCAUGCUGCGAUCAAACAUCGUCGAAGGAAUCAUGAUGCCGGAAGAGGCUGUCCCAUACUCUGCCAUUUACGAUGAUCCCGCGAAUCCCUUCUCCGACGUAGACGUCCCGGAACCUUUCAAGGUGAUCAAGAGCAACAUCAUUGAGAUCCGCAAACUGGGGACGGGGCAGUUUGGGCAGGUAAUUCUGGCAAAAACAAAGGGGGUCAGCCUUCGGGACAUGAGUCUGAGCGAAACGGACAGUGACACGAGCAAAAGCAUCCUCGUUGCAAUCAAGAAACUCAAGCUGGACGCUGAGAGCGGUCUCAUGAAGGCCUUUGAUAAGGAAGUGAAGUUCAUGUCUCGACUCAAACACGACAACGUCGUGCGUCUCCUCGCAGUCUGUACGGGCUCCGAGUCGUUCAUCAUGAUGGAGUACAUGGAGAACGGAGACCUCAACCAGUUCCUCCAGAAACAGGCACUCAUGUCAGACAGCAUCAGUGGACUCCAGGAGAAUCAGGUUACUCCCAUCAUCCUCCUGUACAUCGGCGUCCAGAUUGCCAGUGGGAUGCACUACCUGGCCUCCCGACGGUUCGUUCACCGCGACCUCGCCACACGAAACUGCCUCGUUGGCAAAGAUUUCAUCGUGAAAAUCUCAGAUUUCGGGAUGAGCAGAAGCCUCUACGAGUCGGCCUACUACAGAGUACAGGGCACUCUUGUGCUACCCAUUCGGUGGAUGGCCUGCGAGACUUUCUACGGCAAGUUUUCGGUCAAGUCGGACUCUUGGGCGUUUGGAGUAGCGCUGUGGGAGAUCUACACUCUGGGAAAAGUUGAUCCGUACGAAGAUAUGACAGACGAGGAGGUUAUCGCAGAUGCCAUUCGGGGACCGGAUAGGAAGAUCUUACCACGACCGACUACGUGCACGCAGGAGGUGUACGAGAUCAUGCAGCGUUGCUGGGUCAACGAACCAUCGAUGAGAGCAGACUUUGGCGAGAUUUAUUCUCGUCUCUUCAUGAUAUACACUCGACAGGCUUUGUAAUAGUUCAACCCAACCUCAACCCCUCAUGUAGUCCAAUACCCCCCCAUGUGUAUUCUCACACUUACGCCGCUAAAACAGUACACUCGAUAAUUCUGCACUCAAUAAUGUGAAUACCAUGCGUGCAUUUGUGUGUAUAUUAGGCUCUAUAGUGUGUGUGUGUGUAUGAUAUAUGUACUUAUCUUCGUAUGUUAUUAAACUCACACUUGAGAGAUUAACAAACUUUCUGCAUAUGCUGUGUUACUGAAAGUAGGCUUUUAUAUCCACAGUGUAAUUCACCAUACAAAGUCUGUGCAUCAUGUCAGUUAU